AUGGACAGAAAAAAAAGCGAUGUAUGGAAUCAUUAUUCGGUUAUUAAUAGUGGAAUGGCUAAAUGUUCGUAUUGUUCAAAUUCGAUGUCUUAUAAAGGCGGAUCAACUACAAACUUAAGUAAACACUUAAAACGAAAACACAUAAUUCAAUAUGAAAGUAGAAAACAUCCGCGUAUUAAUGAAAUGAUUGAACAAAAUGUUGAUGAACCAAGUAAGCAAAAUACACCCGAAACAAAUAAUGAUCAAAACCAACCUUCUACAUCAAUCAAUGCAAUUAAUGUCAUAAAUAAAUCUCGUCCCAUACAAAAAAGUGUAGAUUUCUAUUUUAUUAACAAUAAACCACUUUCUGUUUCAAAACAAAAAACAAUUGAUGAACAGCUAGGAGUUAUGAUUUCAAAAGAAUUCCAAUUUUUCAGUUUAGUUGAAAAUGUUGAAUUUAAAAAAUUCAUAUAUUUAUUAAAUCUUAGGUAUCAGUUACCAUCGAGGAAAACUGUUUCGAAAUCUAUUUUACCACAGUUGUAUGAGAAAACAAGAGAAAAAGUUAGAAAUAAUUUAUUAAAUGCCAAAUAUAUUUCAUUUACAACUGAUGGCUGGACUUCCAUAAAUAAUGAUAGUUUUAUUGCUGUCACUGUACAUUUUAUCGAUCCAGAAGAGUGUGUUUUAAAAACAUUUUUACUUGGAUACUGGAAUAUAACAGAAAAAGUAAAAGUUGCUGUGAGUGACAAUGCUGCGAAUAUAACAUCAGCAAUCGUCAUGAAUCAAAAUUGGCGCCAUAUUCCCUGUUUAGCGCACACAUUAAAUCUAAUUGCACAAUCUGGACUAAGUGAAAUGCAAAACGUUCACAAAAAAGUAAAAAACAUCGUUGAAUAUUUUAAACGAAGUACAAAAGCAAAUUUAAAACUUAAAAAUGCACAAAAACAAAUAGGAUACCCGGAAUUAAAGUUAAUUCAAGACGUUUGUACGCGGUGA